AUGCCAGCGCGCAGCCGUGCCAUCAAGGCGCUCGUCCUCGGCUUCUACCUAUCGGCCCCUCAUCUGAGCUCCAUCGGCAGCGCAGUCCAAGACGUCAUCAGCCGUGGCAAGACCAGAUGCCUCGUCUUUCAGAUAUCCCCGCCGCUCGUGGACAACAACACUGCUCAGCAGCUCGCCGAGUUGGGGCAGCAAUUCAUGUCCUUCUCCCGCGCCUACCAGGUCGCCUUCCGGUGGCUCACGAGGCUACACCUCAGGAGCUUUGCGUUCGGAGACAUCACCGACCUCAUUACCGCUUGCGAUAAGCUCAAGCAUCUCAACAUGAGGUCCUGCAGACUGGUUGACCGGCGCUCUGCGCUAAAGAUUGGCGCACCAUAUUCUGGGCUCCAGGAGCUCGAGUUUACACACUUUGGGUGCAAGAGGAUCGAGCUCAUAUCCGUCCCCAAGCUCAGGACAAUGCUGUGCCAUUCUUGGCGCUCCAAGAACCCUCCAGUUCGCUUCGGCUACGUUCCAGAGCUUUGCAAAGUCAGCCUCACUCGUGAGGCCAAGGUGUGGCAAGCACCAUUCCUGCUGAGCGAGUGCUUGUCAAGGAGUGCAACGAACCUGUCGAAACUCCAUCUCAAUUUUUGCCACCAAAUGAUAUGGAUUAAUCCGGAACAUCCGAAGCAGCUCACGGCUAUAUUCAGAAAUCUAGCCGAUGUGUCCCUUUCUGGCAUCUUCCCUGAGUGUGAUCUGAGCUGGACCCUAUUUAUCCUUGAAGCUGCACCUGCCCUGCAGAAGUUUACAUUAUCUCGAGCUCAACUAUGUGCCAAAACGGCCGUGGACAGUGCCGAGAAGACCAACUUGGUGUGGGAACCAUCCAAGGAUUUCAAGCACUUGAACUUGAAGAAGCUGGCAUUUCAAGGGUUCGAGGAGGAAGACAAGGUGACAAGCUAUAUAAGGCUAGUCAUGGAGCGAGCUGUGGGGUUGAAAAGAAUUGUGCUGCUUGGUGAACUCCCAUGCCAGGACUGCAACGACUGUAAAAGAAAAUGCAUGCUUGGUGAACUCCCAUCCAAGGACUGCAACGACUGUAAAAGAAAAUGCACGGUGGAUAAAGCUAGGAGGCAUCGCGUUAAGGUGCAACUCGCCCAUGGAUCCUGCUCAUCUGUGGAGAUAAUAAUCUGCACUCUGAAAUGCCAUCACUGA